CAGGGGCGGACUGACAACUCAUGGGCCCCCGGGCAAUAGGGGAUCAUGGGGCCCCUGUGUCCUCGCCCACACUCAAACCACACCCAAAAAAGCCUAUGAAAGGUACCAGGGGCAUCUCAUGGGGCCCCCUACUGACCCCGGGCCCUCGGGCAGUGCCCAAGUUUCCAAAUGGUCAGUCCGCCACCUGGUGCCAGCUUAGCUGCUGCCUCUGUGACUGAAGUUGCCAAUUUAUUUGCCGUUGCACAAGAUACAGGUUAUUAUUAUUAUUAUUAUCAUACAGGAUUUAUAUAGUGCCAACAGUUUGCUCAGCGCAUUACAAUAUAACGGGAGACAAUACAGCAACAAUACAGUUCAA